CAGCACAUGAACCAUUUGGGUCUUCCAAAAACUCGCGCCGUCCGGGGCUAACCUCGCUCAGGAGAAGACUAAUCCGUACAAAAACCAGUCACAAACACUUAGUUACGGAGUCAAGGAAGAAGAAGAAGAAGAAGAUAGAAGAAAGGGGCUUCUUCUUCUUUUUCAAAAACUUUCAAUUUCUUCACAGAAAGCUCCAAUGGCACUCGUAAUCGCAUGUGGAGAAUCUUCGCCGUCCCACAUUACCCUUCUGAGAUGUUUGAAUCGAACCCUCGACUCUAUCAAGCACAACAUUGCUCGCAUCUUUGCUAACAUUUUGUGCUGCCAAGCUAACUCUGAUGAAAGCUCCUGGACUUGUCGGGGUAAGGAUCUACUUCCAUCCACUUUUGAGGAUUUCAGGAAAAAAUGGGACGAGAAUUACCAUGUGAGUGCUCAAAAUUGGUUUUCAAAGAAGAAGAAUUCCCGCGGUAAACAAAAUCCACACGCAGUUUGCAAUGUGUUGGAUGCAAUGUUGAGGGAUAGUUUGGAACGUCUCAAAACGAUGAGGGAAGGCAUAUCUAUGGCAAAUAUAGGCUUUUUGGAUUGCACUUUGAAAGCUAAUUACACAGAUUGCAUGGCCAUCAUAAAGGUUUUAUGUAUAGAUGGUAAGUUGGGAACAGCUUUUUGGCUUCGGAGAAAACUGAUAAAGAAAGGCAUUGUUCCUGAUGUCUUGACACACAAUUAUCUAUUAAAUGGACUGUGUAAAACUGGUGACUUGGAGAAGGCAGAUUGGCUUAUUAGGGAGAUGUUAGAAAAUGGCCCCUCUCCCAACUGUGCCACAUACAACACUUUUAUUAAGGGUUAUUGCCGCCUUAAUGAAGUGGAUAAAGCUCUUUAUAUUUUAUCCACGAUGGGUAACAGUGGUAUUAGGCCUAAUAGAAUCACUUGCAACAUAAUUGUACAUGCAUUGUGCAAGAAAGGCCUUUUGGAGAAUGCUAAUAAGCUUCUAGAAGACGUAUUAGAUGAUGAUAAUGACAAGACAACAUCAGAUCUAGUCAUCUCAACUACACUUAUGGAUGGUUAUGUUAAAAAUGGAAAUAUGGUUCAGGCACUUAGUCUUUGGCAUGACAUGGUCCAAAUGAAUACCGAAGUAGAUGCCGUUUCUUAUAAUGUUCUCAUUCAUGGAUUUUGUCUGAGUCAACACAUGGACCUUGCUUAUGGAUACCUUUGUGAAAUGAUCAAAAGAGGAAUACUUCCUAGUGUUUUUACUUAUAAUAUAAUUUUAAGUGGUCUUUGCAAAGGAGGAAAGUUAGAGGAGGCUUGUUACGUCCAUGGACUUAUGUCAAGAAUGGGAGUUACUCCCAAUCAAAUUUCAUACAAAAUACUUGUUCGGGGCCUAUGUAGUAAAGGAGAUGUUGUCAGAGCCAAUGAGUUUCUUCUUCAUAUGAUAGAGAAGUCAGUGGUGCCUGAGAGUCUAAUAUGGAAUACUGUCAUUGAUUGUCAUGGAAGAUAUGGGGAUCUUACUACUGCAUUCUCUGUUAAGGAUCAGAUGCUCGCUUUUGGUGUUAAACCAAAUGUGUAUACUUACAAUGCAUUGAUCCACGCCCAAGUGAAAGGAGGAAAUAUUACUCGUGCUCUUUCUCAUAAAAAGGAAAUGCUUCUGUCUGGUCUUUUUCCUAAUGUGGUCACUUAUAAUUUGUUGAUAGGUGCUGCUUGUAACUUAGGCGACAUUCUUUUCGCAGUGCAGUUAUAUCGUGAAAUGCUGAUAACAGGACUUGAUCCAGAUAUAAUUACUUACACUGAACUAAUCAGAGGGUACUGCAUGAUAGGUAACAUGAAGAAGGCAGAAGAGCUUUUUGAAAAUAUACAGGCAUCUGGUUUACCUAUCGAUCAUGUUCCAUUUAAGGUACUUGUCAAGCAGUACUGCAAAAUUAAGGAGCCUGACAUGGCAUUUGGCAUUUACCAGAAGUGGCUGACGAGGGGGAACUGAGUUAUCCUCUUCUAUAAACUUUGACCAUGGAUACUGCAACAUUGUCAUCUUGGCAUGCAAGUCAAAAUUCUUGGAUCUAAAUUCAACAGAAUCCCUUCUGACAGUGGCCGUUUUCUACUUGUGGCAAAUAUGAAUCUUUCAUAUGUUUUUCCUGAAGGAUCAAGUGGUUGACAGGUGGCUUAUAGAAUUGACUCUUUUUCUUGAUGGUCGUGGUCCUAAAACUGGGACCAAAUCUGAUAAUUCCUUUCACACGGAAACAGGAUGCUUUAAUAUAUAUUUGUGAAGAUCGGAUGGGCCCAAACAUCCCACAAUUUGGACCAUCAUUAUAAGGAAGAUGUCCUGAUGCUAGGGAGUAUAUUCAGCAGGACUUUGGUCAGAAUGUUUCACCUAUAGUUGUUCAGGUGUUUAUACCACAUAUACAGCAGAGAUGGAUACAGGAUUGUUUGCCUCUGAGGUUUCAUGUUCUAUUCACCAUGUUUUGACACCAUAUUAUUCGCCCAGUUUGGGAGGAUACAAUAGAUUCUAGGUUCUGGUUUACCUUUCAAAGAAGAAAUCCGCAGGUUGUGAAAUUGACCUGGAAGUAUUGGUUUUUUGUUUUGAAUUUUUCAUUAUUUAUAGUAAAAAUGUUACAUAUAGAUUACAAGGGAAGGGACCAUAGAAGCCGAGAAUAGCCUUAUAAAAACAAACCGAGAAUAGCAAUGGGUAUUGGAAUUUUUGUCUCUUGUUUUUGGGUGCAUAAUUCUGUAAUGGCAUUAUAGAAUUUUGUGUAAAACCAAGAGGUGAUGUAAUAAUUGGUGAUCAGAUUGGUCUCAAAUGGAAUUCACGAGGUUGCUCCCAUGAUAGUAAAACUAUUAUUUAUUAUAAUAAGAGUUGGAGAGUUGAAACUGAUUA